CAAGAAGAAGUAGAGAACACAACAUGAAUGGCUACUACAAAAUGGAUUCAACCGACCAGAACCCCGACCCGGUCGAUCUCCUGCAGACCCAGAAACCUGAUCAAGAACUUGCUGAGAUGAAACCGAGGCUGAGCAGGAACAGGUCAGUGGCUGCAUCAGGGCAAGUGCUUCGCUCACCAAUGAAGACUGCUAUGUCUAUGAGAAGAUCUUCGUCUGUCUCUGAACGUUACUGUAGAAUCUAUGACCAGAGCUCUGUCACGUUUCCUCUUCCUUUCAAUGAAGAAGAUGAAGAAAAUGAUAAGGAGGGGAUACAUAAGAAGAAGAGCAACAAAAUCAAGAAAAAAGCAUUAGUAAAGGCUUGUAAGCGAUUCUUUGGGAUCUCUUGAAA